AGUCUCUCAUUUAAGCGCAAGAUAGCGGACAUUCGACAGCACAACAAAACCUGUCAAGUUUACGAGCAUUAUAUUUGUAUUCGUCCUGUGACGUAUUCCAUAACUUAGUCACUUGAGAUUUUACUUAGCCUAAUAUUAACAUUAAAAUGCGUCUGGUGGUGGUUCUAUGCGUGUCUGUUAUUCUGGUGCCGUUACUUUGCGAUGCGCGUAUCUCUAAGCGGUAUGUGAUCGGCUGUCCGGAGCGCUGCGAUAAGAGUCUGUGUCCGCCCAUACCAACCGACUGUCUGGCCGGAGACAUCCUGGACCAGUGCGACUGCUGCCCAGUGUGCGCGGCCGGCGAGAAUGAGCUCUGCGGCGGGACAGGGAAACUGGGUGACCCGGAGUGUGGAGAGGGUUUGGAGUGCGCGGUGUCCGAUGGAGUCGGAACAACGACUACAGUGAGGAGGAGAGGAAAGACCGGCGUGUGCGUGUGUAAGAGUCCUGAUCCCGUAUGCGGGAGUGAUGGGGUGUCUUACAGGAACAUCUGCGAACUCAAGAGAGUCAGUAACCGGGCGCAGAAACUCCAGCAGCCGCCCACCAUCUUCAUCCAGAGAGGAACGUGCGGGAAAGGCCAAGAGGACAAUCCAGAUAGUCUCCGGCACAGAUAUAACUUCAUCGCUGAUGUGGUGGAGAAGAUCGCUCCAGCUGUGGUUCACAUUGAGCUGUUCCGCAAAAUGGUGUUCUCCAAGCGGGAAGUGGCGGUGGCCAGCGGCUCUGGUUUCGUGGUGUCUGAAGAUGGUCUGAUUGUAACCAACGCUCAUGUCGUUGCCAACAAACAUCGGGUGAAGGUUGAGCUAAAGACUGGUGCCACCUAUGACGCCAAAAUCAAAGACGUGGAUGAGAAAGCAGACAUCGCCCUCAUCAAAAUAGACGUUCCAAUGAAACUCCCAGUGCUGUUGUUGGGCAGAUCAGCUGAUCUGAGACCAGGCGAGUUUGUGGUCGCUAUCGGCAGUCCGUUCUCCCUUCAGAACACAGUGACCACAGGCAUAGUCAGCACAACCCAGAGAGGCGGCAAAGAGCUGGGUCUGCGUAACUCUGAUAUGGACUACAUUCAGACAGAUGCCAUCAUCAAUUAUGGCAAUUCAGGAGGGCCCCUGGUGAACCUGGAUGGUGAAGUGAUAGGAAUCAACACGCUGAAGGUGACAGCAGGAAUAUCCUUUGCCAUUCCUUCUGACAAGAUCCGGCAGUUCCUGGCUGAGUCUCAUGACAGACAGACUAAAGGAAAAACGGCCACAAAAAAGAAAUAUAUUGGUGUGAGAAUGAUGACAUUAACCCCAACACUUGCUAGGGAGCUAAAGGAGAGACAGAAUGAUUUCCCAGAUGUCACCUCUGGAGCAUACGUCAUUGAAGUUAUCCCGAAAACACCAGCUGAAGUUGGCGGUCUGAAGGAGAGUGAUGUCAUAAUCAGCAUUAACGGGCAGAGGAUCACGUCAGCUAGUGACGUCAGCACAUCCAUCAAGAGAGACGAGAGUCUGAGAGCGGUGGUACGACGUGGCAAUGAAGACGUCAUCCUCACAAUCAUUCCAGAGGAGAUUGACCCUUGACCUCCCUCAUGCUCGACCAUGAGCUGGUUCUCAGACUUUUACUGAGUGUGUGUCCGGAGCCACACUCUUGCUAGAAAUCUUAGUGAACACUUUCAAACCCAACCAAUCAUCCAAUCUGAAUAUUGCUCUUAGACCAGGAAAUGUCCUUUCUCACUUUUUUUUCCCAUAUGUGAAGUCAUUUUUUUGUUUGUUCUUCAAUAUACCAUGAUAGAAUGAGCCUUUUGUAAAUAGAGAAUUUAGCGCUGGGUAGUUCAAUGACAAACUGAAAUGUAUAUAAUUUCUCUGUUCCUAAACCUAGUAAACUGACAGAUUUUGUAAUGAGCAGGAUGAUUCCAUUCAAGUAAAUGUCGAUUAUAAAUAAUCUUGUUUUAUUCAUUACUUGAAAAGCAUCUACUAAAAGAAUUCGGUGUAAUUAAAAAGAACUGUUUUACCCAAUAUUUGCAUGUGGAAUGUACUGUAUUUUUAAGCUUACCCUGAUGGCACACAUAUAUCGUGGAGAUGUGUUUUUGAUGUGCGCAUUUUCAUCUGGUUUAAUCUGCAAUCCGUCGCUUCCUGUCAGAUUUUAAAGGGAUAGAUCAUCCAAAAAGCAGAAGCAGAAGAGAGAAAUUCAUACAGGUUUGGAACAACUAGAGAGUGAGUAAAUGAUGACAGAAUUUUCAUUUUUUGGAUGAUCUAUCCCUUUAAAUAGACAUUUAAAAAAUUGUGGAAAAUUAUAACGUAGGCUUACAGUAUAUCCAAUUCAAAUGGCUUCUCAAAAAGAAAAAAAUGUAGGUUGGGAAUCAUAAUCACGUGAUUGACUGGUUGUCCCGCACUUAAACCGUAAAACACAUCAGAGAAGAGAAGAGGUGUCCAAACUGAUGGACUGAUUUAGAAUGUAUGAAAACAGAUGUUUUCCAGAUGAAGUGCUCCAUUAAAGACAUCCUGGAGAUGUGUGUGUGUGCUAUCCGGGCAGAGUAUUAAUGCUGUUAGCUUAGCAAUAUGCUAACAGCUAACUACUGAAAUCAGUUGUCUCCCAUGAGGCGCACUUAUUUGUAUUGCGUGCAGUACAGCUGCCUAUUGUGUGUUACAAAUCGGUCACAUAUAAGGUUACAUGGCAGUUACUGCCUUAGUAAGCAGCUGCCUAUAAGUAAUGCCUUUAUAGAAGCUCACUAGGUUUUGGAACAGACUGUAUUUCGUACUUAUGUAUACAUCAGCAAGGCAUCAUGAAAUGUUGUUGUCUGUAUUCAGUCAUUUCUUAAUUUUUUUUUCAUAUUUACACUAAAAUCUCAGACUUUACACUAUUUGAAAAAGAAUUGUGGGCAUACCUUCUCUUCUUUAAAUGUCUGUUUGUCUGCAUUUUCAGAAACAAAAUUAAAGAAGGUUAACUUUUUUUAAAUUGUUUUAGCAUCGCAGUGUCACUUCACAACCAUCAUCUACUGAUGCAUUUUUAAGGUUGAUGUGGAGAGAUGCUACUAGAUUGAACUGGCCCCUUAAGAAAUAAUCUAGCUGGGAAUAUGGAAGCAGUGAGUGCCCAAAUUCGAUAUAUAGAGAUUUUAAUAGAGGUCCGGAUCUGGUUCUCUGGAGGUCAUAUCCACUCUUCUUUACCAAUUUGUCAUUCAUGUACCAAAAUAAAUUUCAGAACAUGUUAUAUUCUGU